GACCCGCCCACAAUUCAAAAUGUCACCACGUCAUCAAAGAAGUCUUGGAUUGGCCAGACACUGACUUUGAAGUGUCUUUCUGAUGGUGUUCCUACACCAACACUCUCUUGGUACAAACCCGAAGGAAGUGAAAUAAACAGAGUCAGAGCCAGAGAAAUCAAAGUACAAGUGCCACUCAGGGGUGAUCAAGAUUUUGGUCAUUACAAGUGCAUUGCUGCCAAUGGACUUAUUCCAUCUGAUGAGAAAUUAAUAAAGAUAAAUCCGAUAGGUAAGUAAAAAAGAUCAGUGUAUUUUGAUAAGAAGAAAACUAUACAUCAGGUCAGCAUUUUCUUUUGCCUUGGCUCAUUAUCACUGUUUCAGGUGUAUUAGAAGUAAAACCCAGAUUUUCUUACAAAGCACUCGACCGAGUAACUUAUUCACUAUGUACACCUCAUUUGGUAGCGGAGCUCGCAGAGCGUAGCCCCAUAAUUAUACAAAAUAGUAAUAACCCAUCAAGCCGAAAAAAUUUGGAUGUACAACCGUACGACCGUACAAGGUGCUACUUUUAACAUGCGUGGUCAACUGUACCGCGGGCGCGCCAACGCCACGGCUUUGUCCAGUAGUCCAGUGGUCAGUGCAAUGGGCUCCGAGUCGGACGACCCGAGUUCUAGUCCUGGCCGGGGCAAGGCGUUGUGCCCUUGCGAUGUGCGGGGGAAAAAUGCGAGCUCCGCUUUUAGGCUUAGCUAAAUCAAUAUAUUAUUUUAACAUAUAAUACGUGCGGAUAUUUUGCAAGGCCCAUUAUCAUUCUACUAUUCUUUCAUUCUCUAACAAUUUGUCCGCUUAUUUUUCAACAUAUAUCCUACGGCCCUAUCUGAGCGUUACAUUCACAUUUUUCCCCUCUUUAGCAGCAUUAGACCUUCACAUAUUUUUCACGUUCGUUACGCCAAUGAGUUAUAACAGCGUAAUACUGGAAUUAUGCCGGAUAUAGUUAGCCUGAUCUUUUAGUGGAAAAUGUAUCCAUAUUUGUAAAAACGAUUUACAGAACAUGGACGACACCCUGCCCCCUGGUAGCAUUAAACACGUGAAAAAAGAGCGUUGAACUUCAGGAAGAUCGACAUUCUCCAUUGCGACUAACCAUAGGAAACUUCCUCAACCAUAGAAUCUUAAUUUUUCCUCGUUUUCUUAGGUUCGUGGCUGAAUUUAUCCAGUAGCUACAUGUUAUUCAUUAAACUUUAUUAAUACAAGGACUUGCAUUCGUCCUAAGUAUUGUAACAAAACUCGCUGUGGGGUAAUUAUCUUAAAUAAAAUGGUAAAAAUUAUCCUUCGAUUUUUUUUUUCCUUUUGCUCAAAAUGACCGCUUUUUUAUGGCACUAUUUAGAGAAACCAGGGAAAGCAUCCAUCAAACCAUCAGAAUCAGUCAUUCAAGCAAGUUCUAUAACAAUACGAUGGACUGCACCAACUGAUGAUGGAGGAAGUCCGAUCACAGGAUACCGACUGAUCUUACAAAAGGGUGAAACUGAGGUAGAAAAGGAUGAUAUCACCAAUCCUGGGACGACAUCUUAUUCGUUUCGUGGUUUGGAGAAAAAUACCAACUACACAAUGAAACUGUUUUCCAGAAAUUUCGUACUCGAGGGAGACCCUACAGUAAGGACAAUUAGGACCAAGUUUGAAGGUGAGGAAUCCAGAAGUGAUAUCGUGACUGAGCACUUAGCACCAACCGUUUUGUUGCCAACUUAGAUUUUUUGUGAGUGGUCCCAGUUUUAACCAUCUUAUCUGCUCGCCGCAUUAUAAGAUUUUUGGUUUUAAGUGUUUGUACCCCCAUAAUGGCCAGUUUCUUCUCCCUCUCUAAUAGUUAUUUGAGGGGUACCUACUUAUGAAGAAGCAUAAUACUAAACCACAGGUAAACGUAGGUGAGAACAAGAGACAACCUACGCGGUUACGUUUUGUAAAUGCUACCUAUUUUAUCAAGAAUUGUUUGACUCGUGGUGUUUUUUUAUGUUUACGUCUCAUAAUCUUUUGACAUAAACCAAUAACAACUAAAACCGCUAGAUAGUGAUCUUUACGUUAGUUAGAUACAGUUUUCCUGAACGCUUACCGGCUAUAUUCAGCACACCCAAUAACCAACUAUCCAUUUUGCAGCACUGGGGUGGAUCCAGGAUUUCGAAAAGGGGAGUUCAAACAAACGGGUCGCCGAAGGCAGACCCAUCUGGGGGCUCCGGGGGCAUGCUCCCCCGGGAAAUUUUGAAAUUUAAGUCCUCGGAAAUGCGAUUUCCGUAUCAAGAAAUGGCCCAUUGUUCCAGGUCAACUUUUCCAAACAAAAGUCCUGAGUAAUUUGUAGUCCUGAGGGACUUUAGCCGAAGGGAGGCGAAAAAGCUCGUAACUGAUCGAGAAAAUUAUUGGAGUGACAAUUUUGCUGCACUGGGGGAGUGGGUAGUGUAAAUGUGCACAAGUAAAAUCAAUCUCUAUCGGUGUACCCAGGGGUAGACUUGACCCUCGUUUAGCGCAUCGAGCCAAAGGUUCGCAAAUUAAAAAAUAAUUAAAUUUAUCCGUAUUGCAGUGACUCAUUUAAACCACCUCUAUAUGUAAGUCAAGUCGCCUGGUUUUUACCAGUCAGUUUUGUCAACGUACAAAUAUAUUUUUUGGUCUUACUACUGAUGUUAAAUACAAUUGAAAGUAACGGUUUUCUGGAGAGCCUCGAGGCGAUUAAAGACCUUGUUUCUGGCGCACAGCUGUUUUCAAACGAGGCGCUCAUCAUUUUUAGAACCAACAUGUUUACCUAACACGAGGAUCCUUCUUUGCAAAAGCGCCGAAUUCGUGUAACUAUGUUGAUGAUACAAGAUAUACUGAUCAAAGCAAUGAUUUCUAGUUUUUGCGAGAGCAUGUAUUUGAGUUAUUUUCGUUUUCAAUCAAACGCGUGGCAAGAUGAGGGUGUGAUAUUUUUUCUCUCACAAGUCUCACAAUGAAGAAGGAACGAGUUUUUUUAUUUAUCUUUGGCAAAAAAAAGCAGGUCCUGCUUAAAAGUAAGUCUCUCUCAUGAAAAACUAUCAGAGUUUUACAGCGGAUUUUAACAGGAUUUUAACAAUCUUUGUUAAAAGUAAGGAGCUGUCAACAGCUUCUCCAAAUUUUCGCAGGGAGCAGGCGCUGGCGCACAGCUGUUUUCUAAUGAGGCGCUUACUUUCUGGAAACAACAAGUCUGCCUAAGAAGAGGAUGUUGAUGACACCAGAUGUACUGAUCGAGGAAAUUAUCUCUAGUUUUUGAGAGAACAUCUAUUUUAAGUUAUUCUCGUUUUCAAUCAAACGCGCGGCAAGACGAGGGUGUGAGUGAGUCCAGCGUUUUGAGGGAUGAUGGUGGACGGUUUAAUACCUUAACAAACCAUCUCUUAUCAAAGCUAUUUUAUUAAACAAGAACUACGUUUAAGUCAACUAACCCUUAGAAAAUGAAACUAAAAUCACUGUAAUAUAUAUUUCUUCGCUAUUUAAUGUGUUCUAAAGAGUCACGCUUAGGAUUCCCUAAAAAUGGGAUCAACGUGUAACAUUCUACGAGGUUGUUGUUCAGCAAAUUUCUGAACUAUAGCAUCGUAAUUGACAGGCUUUUCAUAAUGAACACUCAUUAAAGCCAGGCCAGAAAGUCUCUCGGUUGUCAUCGUGGUCCGUAGGUAGCCCUUGACUAGUUUUAAAGUGCUGUUUGAGCGCUUGUUAUCAGCUGAUGUUACUAGAAUUGUACAUACUAUUCGCAAAAACAGGUGAUUGUUUGGAAAGAUGUCGGCAUCACAAGCCUGUAGAUAGACUGAAACUGCAAUCAAUAAACCUGUCAUUUUUUAACCUAAGGGAAAUUUUAACAAAAACGAAUUGAGUUACUUCGAACCUAUAAGGCAGGUUGAAGCGCGUCUGGUUUGUCCGUCUCAGAUUGGCAUUUUCUCAUCCAAUGAACAUAUUCAAUAUCGAGAGGUUGUGGGCUUGGGAGAUCUGACAAAUACAUCUCGGAGACUUCAGCCAUGUCUACAUUUGUGCCCGCUACAGUGGCACUUGGUGCAAGACGAAGCAAUUGCACGGCAGUCUUCUGAGUGGACCCAAAUCUGAAAAAAAAAUUCCUUUAUUCAAUCAUGUAUUAUUUCUCUAAAUAGUAAAGGUUAAGUAAACAGCCGAAAGUUUGAUAAUUUAUAUGGAUUACCUUGAAGCAUUUCUUGUGUGAUAUGGUUAAGGAAUGGAAUGAACAGAUUGUGGCGGUAAUAUUCCUCAGCUGUGUCAUGGGGUGCAUUUGCCCUAUGCUGCUGUCUUGACACCGUUCUUAGAGCGCUUGGUUCUGUUCCCAGCUCUGAAUUGAUCUCCACAGCAUAUGCGUACCAUCUUUUGAAGACAUCAUUCUUGUCUCGCAAUUCUUUCAACUCCUUCUCCGAAAUCAUAUUGUAGGCUUUAACAUUGUCAUUAGACUUUUUUUGUAGCUUUACGCUAAUCGGCUUUAUGACUGCGAGAAUAUUCAUCGUGACCGUCAAGGACAUGAGGAACUGGAGAAAACAAAAGGUAUGGUAGCAGCCGUUUGCUCUUUGGAGGGUUUCUUUGUCCCAGUUCCAAGGGGUAUCAGUGCUGUAUUUUUGAUGUUGCUGUUCAUCUAAAAUGACCACAAACGUUUUAACAACUGAUAGAAGUAACUGGACAAAAGUGUCAUGCGCUUCGUAAUGCUCCACCCAACGAUCACGGCAAAGGUCGCAAAUCUUGGUUCCUUGAGACUCUGGCUGAUCCAGGCUUAUCACUUUUUCGAACUAAUGGCAAUGCCUUUACGAUAACGAGAUUAAGGACAUACAAAUCGCAGUGUACGCACAAGGCUGUGGGGUUUUCCUGGAAAUUAAGCCUUGUACACCUCUAGCUUGGGAGGACAUGUUUGAAGAACUGUCGUAAUCUUGACCUUGGUAGAGGGAAAUAUCCAGGCCCUACUGCUGGAGUUUCCCUAGGAUCAAUUGCGAGAUCACAUCUCCAGUUAUUCUUUCCGUAGACUGGAAGUCUAAAAACUCUUCACGAAUCUUAGAGUCUGUUAACGAACCUUAAGAAAAAUGACAGCUGCUCAAGGUUGGAGUUGUCAAUCAUUUCGUCGCACAGAAUUGAAAAGUACUUUACUUCUUUGAUUUCACGAAUAAUGGAAUCCUUUAUGUGGUCCCCGAUUAGUGCUAUGAUCUGAUUUUGAAUAGUUUUGCUGGAAUAUCUGGCAGUCGCGCGGCAUGUUGCAAGAUGAUUCUUCAAUAUUUCGUCGCCAGCAUCAACUCGAAAUUCCAGCAAGGCAAGGAAAUUACCCCUAUCUACGUCUUCACUACCAGUGGUAUCACCUAUAUGACCUCUUAAAGCAAUGCAUUGGCGUCCACAAAGGUGGACGCACUUUGGAACGCUUUUCAUAAUUGCUCUGUUUCUCUUAAUUGUGUUGCUACGUUCUCUUUCAAUUUGGUCUAGGAUAUUUUUUUCUGGGCGUCGACUAGUUGCAAGGAAACUGUCGUAAGCAACCAUAGCAUCAACGUGGUAGUAUUGUUUCUCGUGUUCACCACACACUUUGGUUACCUUUUUCCACUGAUUAAACGGGGCCUUAACCAGGGUACCUAGGUUCUCGCGUUUGGCAAACAAAAUGCAUGGGAAACAGAAACCGCAUUUACAUUCUUUACUGUAAACAAGCCAAUGAUAACAUUGCUGCUACGAUCGUUGGAAUGAUCAGUUACAACCAUUCGUGGACAAUUUAGGGAAAACAUAAUCCUCGGCUGGUCGGAAAUGGUUAUCAAUAAUGUUAAGCUUCUCAGCUUGAUUUAGAGAUUUAAAAUCCGUUUCUUAACGGGUGAGAGCUCCAACACCAACGUCAUGAACCGAGCCAUGGCGAGAACUAUCUCCAUCUUUAUUGUUCCUUAACACUGAAAUAAAAGCAGAUUGCCAUUGUUUUAACAUUUCAUUGUAAAUUUAACUCCUUUUCACGUCAAAUUAACAUUCAGUACUUCAAUUAAUUAGAACGCUACCAUGUUCGUUAUUAGUUUCUAUGUACUUUAAUAAUACCAUCAAACUGGAUGUAUUUAUAAUCCGCUAGAAAUCGUUCCCACAUAGCCGAAGGUCUUUCAGGAGAAAAAGAAAAUUGCGAGAGUGUAUAAGUUUCCAAAAUUUCUUGGGCUUGAUCUUUCACAGCCACCUGCCUCAAAAAUUCUAACGCUUGGAAGAGAUUUAGCCGCAGUAACCAAGGCGUUUCCACUUACUUGAAAACAAUUUGUCAUGUGUAAUAUUUCUAUUGUUUUUUUCUUGUAAAGAGAACGUACAAGACUUUCUAUAGUUGUAUUUUGGCAAUUUGUUUUAUCAAGAUACUUUAAACUUGACAUGCGUUGCACAAAGUGAAGCGAAAAAAUCGAAGUAUUGUGUUCAAGAUCCCAAGAUAUCAAAUUGGUACAAUUCAGUUAAGUAUUUUCUAUCAAAAACUCAUCAGAAAUAAACGUUAGUAACCUUUAGGAAUGACUUAAGCCUACGUGCCGUAAAUCUUUAUCAUGUCUGAAUUGACAAUUAAACGAGGAAAUGGUAAAUUCAGCAUCCGAAUAAACAGUUCGCCAAACACUAGGAUCGUGCAUAACGUUGUAAAGAUAUUUGCACACUGGUGCAAGGCGCGUCAUGCGUUCUUCCAGGGAAAGCCACUUGGAAAUUUCCAAAAGUACCUCACGGGGAAGGAUCAUCAUGGCACAUGCUGUUCUUAUGAAAAUAUUUCAAAAAUUUAAACGCCAGAUCAAAUGGAAGCCUCUUUUAUUUGCGCCCAGGUUACUUGUUCUGUUUUGUUUUGUUUUUUUCGCAGGGAAGAAAACGCGCGCCGCCGGAGAGCGUUGUUGAUUAGCAUAUAAGCACGCAAGUGUUUUUAAGAACGCGAGAGAACUGAAUCAUGGCCGAGUUCCCGCAGUGGCACGUCUCAAGUACCCUAAAAGUUCCCAUGUGCUUAUCUAAGUCAACAAUGCAAAAGUAGCAAGUUUAUUUUUUUUUAUCAAAUGCUGCCAAAAUUGCGUGCGUGCAAACGUGUGAACUGAGGCUCCAUAAAGCACGCGCGUGACGCAAGCAUGAACCUAAAGGCAAACUGACUAAUAACAGCGAACGCAAUUCCUAGAACAUUCUAUAAACUAAGAGUGUAUUUAACCAUGAAACACGUGCGUAAUACGAUUGUGUCGAUCCUCUGGUCAUGGAUAAAUGUUUUCAUGAAUCAAAGUUACAACAUUUUCGGUAAUUCUAUAGACAAAUCCAAAGAAAAGGCAAGAUCGUAAAUAAAUGUUCUAAGAGUACUUUUACUCAGAGAAAUUCGGGAUCUAUUUUUUCCCCAAUUCUGAAUUGCUAUUGGACAUUCACUGAACUUAUUAUGAUGAGUUAAGCUGGCAAUAGCUCAUUUACCUGCAUUUUUGGAAGUCAGUGUUGUCUCGUCCUCAGUGACGGUCAGAACUAAAUUCUGGCUGCGGCCUGUAUCACUUUGUGUUUCCGUUAGUUCUUCUGUCUCUACAAGACGAAAAAAUAUCACCAUCAACUUCGAAACAAAACAAAAUAUUAUUUUUCAUGAAAAUCGCUUUUAAUAUGCCAAUAUUAUGGGGAAAUCUCGUCAAACAGCUUUCGGACGGCCUUGAAGAAUCCUCCAUAUAUUUUCUUUAAGAUAAGAAAAGUACGAGUGCAAAACAACAGAGUAUGAGUGAAAGAAGUCAAGCUAUAAGCUGUAACCUGAUAAAAUAGGGAAAAUAACGCCAUACGAAGAAAGUCUGAGAUAGGUAUUUAAAAAGCUAAACUACAAAAUUAAACCUCUUGCUUAUAAUUAAGGUGGAUGGAUAUCGUUUUCUUAAAUACCUACCAGCUAUAUUCAGAGCACUUAAAAAGAAUCAAACCUCCACAGGUCCCAUAGCUAUCAGAGUUUGCUACUAAUUUACUGACAUUCUGUGCGCACUUCGGCACACUUACUGCGCAAGACCUUCUGUUGUUUUUUACAUGUAGUACUUCUUGUGUUAAAGCUAAGUUUGGUUAGUUUAAAAACUAUAUCACAGACUUACAAACGAGCAGUUUUAGAGCCAAUUCCAGUUGGUGAUACCGUCAGUAAAAUUAUACUUCUAAGUAUAUAUUGUCUAUUGAGGCAAAAUGGCGGAAUUUUUAAAAUUCUCAUCACUUGUUUUGCGCUGGGAUUUUCAGUUCUUUUUAUUUCGCUGGGAUAGGCCCAAACCAAAAAAAAUAAGGUUGCCGUUUUCAAGAAAGUUUCUGUCGAAAUUCAUCCGGCACAUCUCACUCAUCAAAAAAAGUAUUGUGGCAACAGGUGUGAAUUUAGUAACUGAAGUUGAGAAGUUGAACAUGGCUAUGAAGUUCGUAGCACCUGUUAUCGCUUUUGCGCUUCUUGUCAUGCUUCCUCAGUUGGCAAACCCCCUGGAGAGAAAAGUUUGUUUUAUCGGCGGAAAAACCCGCGUCAGGUUAUGCUUGCAGAAGAAAAUCGUAGCCCUAUACGCUCAAAUGGCUCGAGAAGCGGAGCAUGCGUACUCAUUUUUCCACUGUGUCAUGGCCAAGUGCCUUUACUAAGUCAUGCGCGAUGUCAAAAUAUCCCAAAAAAUCCUCGACCAAUUUACAGAUUAUCUAAUCACUGAUAAUAGUUGUGACCAGGUUACUAUCAAGAAGUUGUAUAAUUAUUAGAAAUUUCACGCUGUUCGUGUUGUUGACAUCAAUCUAGGAGCCCCAGAUGUGGUCAAAAUCGACGACCUGCCAGGUGAAACAACAGACAAUACAAUUACCCUAAAGUGGAAGGAGCCAGAAAGUAAUGGAAAAGUUAUCACCAUGUAUACAGUGUACCAAAGAGAAGUGACUGAUGGGAAAGUUGGACAGUGGACAGAAAUAAAGAAAAUUAGAGAUGUUUCUAUGAGAGAAUUGAAAAUAGUGUUGGAGAGAGGAAAGGUGUAUCAGUUUGCCAUUACUGCAACUAAUGAGCUUGGUGAAAGCCUGAAACAAGAGAAAGCAAAUAUCCAGCAAGUCAAGGCAGAAGAAAGUAUGUUCAAAUGAAUCUUAUUUUCCCCUUUCAACGGUUUAUCCUUUUCUUUACUUAGUUUUCAAGCACUCUCUCUCACGAACAUCGAGGUUUUUACGGGUGAAUUCUUCGCUUGCAAAAAACCUGAAUCAAUAUGAAAAAUUUGACUUACGUCGCAGUGGAUUUAUGUGUGGCAAUUGCAAAAAUAUGGCAUAUCUAGUAACUGAGAUUUCAAUCAUUGGCUGGCACACACAGAUAUUUUAACUACUGUACCGACACAUGCUCACCUGAACCUGGAAAGAGAACCCUGCAACUUUUUAGAUGUAUCUUCUCAUACUUAAAUUAACUGCUUUUUUCUUUCCUUUGCCGCCAUCACUUAGUUGAUGCCUCUCUCCCACAAAAAUAUGUUUACUCUCCCACACUGAAUUCUGAGAACUUUUCUCUCAUUUCACCACCACUGCACUCCAUUCUUCAUACCAAUGAGAGCGACUUCGCAUUUACCCCCCUCUACGCGCCGUAAUUUCGACAACAGAUUACUGAACCGCGAGAACUCAGAAGUGGCCUAUUGCCUAUUGGUCAGAAUUACUUUCUAAAUGAAUGAUCAACCCGAGGCUUUAACCGCGCGUGCAUGACACAAAACGUUUCCUUUCAUAAAUAAUGUUGAGACUGCCACCAUCAAUGUCAUCUAUUUCAUAACUUGCGGUUAUUUCAAAAAUUUGUACUUCGGCGAAAAAGGAAGACGACUUAGGGAACGAUUCUGAAGACACCAUCGUGACGCAAGAUACAAGAAAAACAAUAUCUCUCAAAUUGGCCUUUCAUUCGUACGAGUUCAAAUGAUAAUUCUCGUGGAAACAAACAAACGUUCAUUUUAACUCGUAUUUUUUUUUUCCCCAGUUCAAACAGUAGGCACAGAAGUUUACCUGACAGCGACAAUACAGGAGAACUGUAGCAGACGUUCUGAAGUGGCCGCGAAAUUUCCAGAAACGGUUAGAUAAUCUACUUGAUCCAUAUACUGGAGUGUAUGGAAUACUGCUAUGAGAUUUAUCUUGAAGAGUGAAUCUUAAUCAAUCUUUUCUUGAAUGAAAUCUUAAUAUUUCUGUUUAAAAAAUGUUAUUUUGAACGAUCUUCAAUAUGUGACAAGCAUUUGAAAAUACGUUUUUUUCUUAAUAUGUCCUUUUAGGCUUGUCAAAUUGCCUUUAGGUUUGGCUGCUCAUCCGCCAACACUGUGAACACCAGGUAAGGUACAGUUUGUUGUUUUACGUUGAAACAACAAACGCAAACGCAGAUUUGCGUUCCAGGAGGGAUGUGUUGUAUUUUAGCGGUAAAACUAGUUUUUCUGCUCCAGCAAAUCCUAUUUAAUGCAAGAUAAUUUACAUUUGAAGUACAUUUUCUUUAAUGUACAGUAAUAUAUUGGCACAGAAUGACAUGAAUUAAUUUUAUGUACCUUGGUUUAUUACAUUGGUUAAAUCUCAAUAUAUUUUAACACUUAGAUGUCACCAAAGUACAAAUAUGUGUGAUGAUACUCUUUUUUCUCUCCCCCCCCCCCCUAAUCUAGGUGUGGCAGUGUUGUUCUUGACUUUAUGAUGAGGUUCAAUCAAAGUGUAGUCGUCAGCAAUGUUUUGAUUGUCCUGUCGCAUGCUGCGAGGCAAGACAGAUUCGGAGGUUUUAAAGUUAAUCCAGACUCAAUUAAACAAGUUUUAAUACCCACAGAUGACUCGGAAAGCACAACAAAAGGUAAAUUUUACAAACAAAUUGUUAAAUGUUUACAUGUAUUCUUCCGAAGAUGGACUCUUUAUAAUUGUAUUCCGUAUCUGUUUAAUUAAACAACUUAUUCUGUGACUGAUACAUUUCCAGGUUUUUGUCUUUGUCGUUGUUGUUGUUUUAUUUAAUUAAACAAAAUCUUAUUUUUAAAAAUUAUUAUAGAGAGAGUAGCACCUUACUCUUUCUUUGUACCAAGCCAAUCAGAGUUAACAUUUUUCGGUCAUGAACCUAAGCUAUGUAGUGAGAGCAGUAUAUCGACCAGGAUCAGUGUAAAUGUUGUUUGAAUGUUAUUUCAUCAAGCUUUGUAAAAUGACUCAUUUUAGGUCCUGAGGAAUGUAACUGCCCAUCUAACAACGUCUUGUUAGCCAUAAUUGGGGUUCUUGCCUUCACAAUCUUUCUUCAAAUUAUUUACAUUAUCUGGCUACAUAAAAAAGGUAAGUAAAAAAAUCAUUAUCUGUGUUAGAGGGUUUGGCUGGAAGAUUCGUUUUUAAACAAAAAUUUUAACCCACAUUUACAUCAUUUGUCUUUUUUUUCCUUUCGUUCUUUUUCAGGCACUGUAGAGAAACAGAGGUAAGAAUUUUCUGCAAGUUGGAUUGUGUCGGUGUAAUGUGCCCUAUAUGGUUUCAUUCUUAGUGUUUUAUAAUUAUUUCUAUGCUUUCUCAAUUGUAGGACUUAUGAAGAUGAAAGACGUGUUUGCGACGUAAGUUACAGCUAAGACAUUGAGGUCAUGUUAGUGUGGCCAGAAAUUAUGUAAUCUUACUUUACCUCUACUUUCUAUGAGAAAAUAAACGCUUGCAGCAAAUAAGAAGGAAAAAAUGUGUAGUUCUAUAUGUAAAAAAAAGCAUAUGGCAUCAGUGCCAGAUACAAUGAAAUAAAAGAGGAAGUUAGGCGCGAAAAGGUCUUUGUCCUGGGAUCAUGUCCUUUACCAAGCCACUCCAUGGAUUUUCCUUCGAUUGUCCCUGAUUCAACUGCCUGGCUUCACUUCAUAGAUCGCUUACUUGUCUGCACUCGGUUGAUAUUUGCUUUCCAAAUGAUUGUUUUUACGAAUUUUUAGCCGGCUUAUUUUCUUGAUGCCUUAUUUUCUAAACGUGAGUUUAGGAACUUUGUACUGCAAGAGUUGUUUCGUGCGUUUAUUUGUCAAAAUAUGGGACUACCAAUCGACAAUCUUCACGUUGCAGUUUGUAGCUUCGACGAAUAUGGUAUAAGCCUCGAUCACUCCAUUGGACAUGAUAGUUUCAAAAGCAGAGAACAAAAUGUUAGUAAUAAUAAGGACAAGAGGUUAUAAACUAUUUAUAAUCUCUUAUCAUGGAAGAAUAUAAACAUUUUUCUGAUAAAAAUGGUGAACUGAUUUUUAUAACCAUGUGGUACUUUUAACUGGGAUUAAUAACAGCUUUGAAUAUGAAUACCUUAACAGUGUGUUGGUUUAAUAGAAUGAAACAUUAUUAGAAGAUAUCGAACCAAGUCUACCUGAAUCAAGAAAACUCACCCAGCCUCAUGCGGAAUACAUGGAUCUCAUAGAAGUCAACAAAGAUAAUAGAAAAGCACAAAGAACAGCUCCAGGUGCUGAUUACAUGCCCCUUCAUCCAUUAACACGCUGCUGGGAAGUUCCAAGACAUCACGUGACCAUAGAAAAAAUCAUUGGUAAAGGUGCUUUUGGUCAGGUUGCCAAGGGAACAGCAGUAGGACUUCGAGGGAGUCCUGAAACGAACACAGUGGCUAUUAAGAUGCUUAAAAGUGAGCUCUUGUACUGUAAAUUGAAUGAGUCUUGGCCCAGAGACAUUCAGGAAAUGUUACCGGGUUACUGUAAUUAUGUACCUAUUUGCCAUUUCAUAAGUUAUGUUGUUAUUUCGACAUUUCGCAUAUUAUUCCUGUUAACUAAAUUUUACUCCUUGUUUUUAAUGCUCCAGCAAACGCUUCUGAAUCGGACAAGAGAGAUCUGAUGAAAGAACUUGACACAAUGAAGCAGCUAAAACCACAUCCUUACGUCAUUAAACUUUUGGGAUGUGUUACUGAAUCUGGUAUGCUUUAGUUAUGUGGGUCUAAUUUUGCUGUACACAUUUUUCUUAUGAUUUACUCUGUAACGCUUUCUCGUCAUUGAUAAUUUGCCUCAGUGGAAGGGUGACCGCUUCACAAUUGAGCAAAACAAACAACCAUCGCAUAAGGUAAUUUUAUCUUAUUUUAGCCAACACAGACGUUCCUGGAUUUACUGAUAGACUAAGACCGAAUAUUUGCCACUGAACAGAUCAUUCUAUUGUAGAAGCAGAAACGCUUUUUGUUAGGGAAUAAUUGGUCUGUACUUUCUUAUGAGACCGGCGCAUAGUUUUUCUUGUUUUCAUCCGAUUUCUUCAAAAGUGUUGACCAUGAGUGGGCUAUUCAUCUAUUUCAAUUAUUGCUUUUUUUUUAAAGAGAGUAACAUAUCAAUUAAAUUGUUUAAUUUCUUCAGAACAGCUUUUGGUUUUGAUUGAAUAUGUGCCUUUUGGGGAUCUGCUGGGUUACCUGAGAAAGAGCCGUGGAUUAAAAGACACUUACUACAAAGACCCGGAUAUCAAACCACAAACAAAUCUGACGUCACAGCAACUGAUGAAGUUUGCUUGGCAAAUUGCUGAUGGAAUGAGUUACUUGUCCGCAAAAUCUGUAAGUUAGUUAAAAACACAAAAGACAAACAAUUCUAAAACCUUCUCGUAAGGUCUAUCGUCAUGUUAAGCUCUGGCAUGGAAUAUUAUGUCUUCACAAGAUCACGCCCGGGAGAUGCAGACGUAUUCUUACCGUCUUGUUGAGGCUAUUUCUUUAGGGCCAGGAACCCUCCCGAUUUUGACGUCAUCAUACAAGUUUUAUUUCAAUGCGAGAAUGGCGAUAUUUGUGCAUCGUUGCAAGUGUACCCCAUCGAAAUAAAAUAUCUGGGUUUUUCUCGUGUGAGCAAAGGCAGAGACGUGAAGGAAUAGGAUCUUUUAAGAUAUUCAGCUUAAACUGAGUGUACAACAAAUAUCCAUUUUAGUGACAAGGAAGAAAAGGAAUUAAAACUUCAACUUAAAAAAAUCGUCUUUGGUUGCUAAACUGCUUUAUUACAGAAUCUUAUUUCGAUUAAAAUUAAAAAGGUAAGCGUUCUUUGAAAUGACUACGUAUUGCAGAAAUAGAGUAGUUUGCUUCUCUUUGGAAUAUGGAGCAGUUAUUGUAGUAGUUUUAACUUUCUGCCAUCUGGAAGAAAAAGAAAUACACACACCAUAUUAUGUUGCUAGAUAUUUCUAUUUUCCUCUCUGAACCAUUUCAUUUCAGUUCUUUUUCUUCUACAAUCGCUAAUUUUUGCUGUUACAUCAAUUCUUUCUUAGAUCAUUCACCGAGACCUUGCGGCCCGUAAUGUGUUGGUUGGACAAAAGGAAACGUGUAAGGUGACAGACUUCGGAAUGGCCAGAGAUGUGCAGCAGGAAAAUAUUUAUGAACGAAAGACAAAGGUAAUCAAGAAAAAGGGGAGGUGAGGGCGGUAUUACAUUUCGUUCAGUUUAGUGAUCUUUGACAAUCAUUGUUGUGGUUGAGCUGAUAUAUUCCUGAUUUCGAUCAUGAAUUCCUUGGGACCCUAAUGAAACUAUCAACCAUGCGUUUACGAGUACAAUUUUAAAUAUCACUAUUUUUGAUUACUCGCUUCCUAUAAUUCUCGAGCUGUUUCACAAAGUGAUAUUUAAAAUCUUUAGGGCCGUCUUCCCGUGAAGUGGACAGCUUAUGAGGCCUUAUUGUAUGGUAAAUAUACCACCAAAAGUGACGUGUAAGUAUACCUGAUUAUAACCCGUAGCAGUUUAUCAAAAAUUUUAUCAAUUUUAAUCAGGACUUGAAUUCUAGUGAUGCUUUGUCAAAGAAUACAUUUAUUUUAUUCGUCGUAUUUACUGUUUAUGUCUAUAGUCACUUAAUUAAUAUUCGUUUGAUUUGUCUUUCUGCAGAUGGAGUUAUGGAGUUCUGUUAUACGAGAUUUUCACCAUAGGUAACAUCGAAUGGAAUUUUAUAAAGCUCUGUAGAUGUUUUUUGCUUUAUACCAUGUUUAAUUAAACAAUGUAUCGUGUUCAGUCAGACAAACGUAAUGAGCUUCAAACUACAUCUAGUGACAAAGGUGGUGUUUCGUUGAAGGUCGUUUUUUGUCACAUUUAUAUUUCGAUGGUCUUGUGGUUCUUCCAGGCGGUUCACCUUACCCACGAAUGGAUGGAAGAAAAAUUGCAAACUUACUCCAGGAUGGAUACAGGAUGCCUAAACCACAACACGUCGAUGAAAAAUUGUAAGUUUUCUUUAUUUACUUGUUCUCCCUCGUCGUACAAGGAAACAUUCUUUAAAUCUUUAACAGGUUAUUUGAAUAAUACCAGGUAUCAGAUCAUGAUGAAAUGCUGGAAGAAUGACCCAGACGCAAGACCAACUUUCACUGAAUUGAAAAAUCAGCUUAAGGACAUGGAAACCCUACACAAGGUCAGAAUUUUUAUCAAUAUGAAAGUUUUUUUUUCAAGUAAGACUGACUGGCUUAGGCUCAGCUAAUUAGAGAUAAAAGUAACAGCAUUGAGCCUUAAUAGCGUCUCAAUGACAAUUGAAUGUCUCAAUGAUAAUUAACACUUGAUGGUUAUUUAAAAGAUCAUAGGAUGAUUGCAAAACUGCAUUGAGACGCACAGAGAGUAGCAGACGACGACGCCAUAAAAUACUUCCUCCUUGAAUUUGUUUUGGUGUGAAAACCUGACCACUUGUGAAGAUAACCACUUAAAACUUUUUUAAUGAUGCUGAUUAUUAUAUUAUUUUUCUCUGCAGAAGCUAAUUGACAUGAAAAUGUACGACAAGCAAUUGUAUGCAAACGUCGAGGAUUUAACGGUGUAG